AUGAUUAUCAAUACGCCCGAUUAUUCUACUUCGGAUCACGUCUCUUUGGACGAAAACAAUGGUGAAUUUAAUACCUCCCCUGCAGUGUAUGAGCCAGCUGAAGAUACAUUUUUGAUGUUGGACGUUUUGGAAUUGGACUUGGAGCAAGUGAUUAAAACCCGGUUGUCAAAAACAAAUAUUCGUCCAUCUGACAAAUGUGGACCACUGCUGAUCAUUGAAUUAGGUAGUGGUUUUGGCAUCCUUACUGCUGCUAUAUCAAAGGCUCUAAGUGAUUCACUUUCAUCGUAUAUUGUUGGAGCUAACUGUAUAGCUGUAGACAUGAAUCCAACUGCUUGUCUUAAAACCAUUAUGACGUGCAAACUUAAUGGUGUUGAAGUGGAUGCAGUACGUGGCGACCUACUGACAUGGAUGCGACGUCCAGAAACAACCGAUGUCAAUAAUGACCCUAACAAACAAGUGUUUGGCCCAAUUGAUAUACUUUUAUUCAAUCCGCCAUAUGUUCGAGGUCCAAAGGGUGAACUUGCACCAACACCUAGAGUAACAAAAAAUGACACUAACGAUCAGGCUAAAUACCAAAAGCAAGUAGCGGUUGAAGAUGCAGCUUGGCUGGGUGGUGGCCCAGAUGGUGUAGAUGUACUUAAGAGGGCGUUGCAUCAGGCCGCAGAUCUUCUAUCAGAGUUUGGAGUAUUCUAUGCACUGAUGAUUGAUUACAAUUAUAAUGCGCUGGUGCGAGAUGAGAUGCAAGCUCGUCGUGAUCGAUCUGACCAGAAUAUUUAUUAUGAUGACUUGAACAAUAUAGAGUUGACAACUUUUGGAAGCAGCCCAGCUAGCAGACCAUUAAUAUGCACCCGUAUCUUGUCCCGGAACAUCAUUGGUGAACGCUUAGCUGUAUACCGAAUUUAUCGGCCUUUAGAUUUUGACUAA